AACUCAGACGCAUCCGCAAAAUAGGAGGAGAUCUUCGCCUUCCGAAAUCGGGCCAUACGCUACAGAGACGCUCUAUUUCAGAUCGAUCUGAGGGAUCUCGGUCCUUUAAGGAGGUGCUUUUGAACUCCAAUACACCACCAAUUUCUCUAAGGGCGUGUUUGGUCCAUGGAAUUGAAUGGUAUUGAAUUGUAUUAGAUGAGAUUAAUAUCAUUAUUGCACAAUGAUUGCAUGUCUGGAAAUACCGUUGUAUUUUAGCUAUCCAAUCCCAUGUUUUGGAUACAAUUUUUGCUACGGGAAAACAUUGGAUUAACAAAAUCAUGUUUGGUGGACCAUGGAAUUGUAAUCAAUGGACCAAAUUCACAAUGGAUGUCGUUCACUUAUACGAAUAUAUAAUUAGAAUGUCUUGUGUAAAUAACGUAUAUGGUUUGGCGGCAUAGAUAAACACAUGCAUCAAUGUGGGGCCCACACAUGGAGUGGAUUUCAAAAUCCACGGAAAUUCUGUGGGACCAAAUGCAAUUCCACAGGACUAAAUGCAAUUCCAUCCCACUUAAUCCCAACCUUUCCCAUCCUCCCCAAAUGUUAGAUGGAAUUGCAUGGGAACAAAUGCAAUUCUAUCCAACCUAAUCCCAUCUAAUCCCAUCUAAUACCCUGCGCCAAACACCCCCUAACGAUAGCCCCCUCAGGGUCAAUAAAUCACAAAAGGAGGAGUUGAGAAGAGUCGAGGUGAAAGUAGAGCAGGCUGAGGGAAGACCAAUUCACAUCAAUCAAGAUACUCUGAAUCAAUCCAAAUCUGCUCUUAGGGACUCCGUGGUUGUGAUUACCAAAGAGGGAGUUUCGAUUCCCCAAGUUAGGAAUUGGAUACAUGAAUGCUGUGGUUUUCCAUCGGAAACGUACUCCAUUAAACCAAUUGGAUUUAAGGAACUAUGGAUAAGACCGAGUCCAAAUAUUAACUCGGAUCUCCUAAUCAUGGCAAGGGCAUUGCACAAAGAUUGCCCAGUUCUCAAUAUCCAAACGUGGGAAGAUUUCUCGGCGUUUGGUUUCGAAGAUGUCUGGUUAUUGGUCUGGUCGGUUCCAUUAGAACUGUGGAACGAAGCUUUCUUCCUGAAAAUCGCAUCUUGGCUGGGUGAUCUAAUCCAACUGGACCCCAAAACGAAGUUUGGUGAGGAGAUGGGAGUGAUUAGAGUUAGGAUUAGGAGAAAAGGGCACCUUGUUACCAAACUCUAUUCAGGUCAUGGUUGAUGAGAGAAGUGUGUUCCUGCUGAUCUAACAAGAGGCCAAAGAUGAACCUAUUCCCAGAUGGGGUGAUCUCUGGAGGGUCAGAGAAAUGGCGUCUUCGUCGUCAACGACCGAGAAAGAAAGGGUGGUGGAUGAAGGUACACAUUCGAUUUGCUCCGUAGAGACUUCAAAACAAUGUGAACUAUCAAACUCAUACUCCGCAAGACUACCGUAUCCUUCCUGUAACAUGUGACAUACAUCAGAUGUAACUUACGGAUGCGUGGCAAAUGCAAAAAUAUCAUGUUAGUAUCGGGCAACAGAUACUCCAACAGUGGAUACGUGUCAACCUUCAACGAUUCCGGUGAUUCUGCCAUUGCAUAUGUGGACAGUCGAGAAAGCUUCUCGGUCUCCCCCACUUUGAGGGCGCGAGUUUUGACACCUAGUAGCCUCGAGGAUCUCGGUGUCGAUUUCCCGGAGGUUCGGAAUGCGAAAGGUCGCUUCGGUACCUCCCUCGAGACUCCUUUAUUCGCUUCGGACCACACGACCCUACAUCCGAUAAAUCUAAACCUCUCCUUGAACGCGGAACCUAAUUUUGAACGUCAGCUCAUUCUCAAGGCUCCUUCAUCAGCCUUCCCUCUGUAUAUCGAACCUUCUCCAAACAAGUUCGACAUGGAAGGGGGAGCGUGUCUCGGAUCUAUCAGACACGGCUCAUUGUCGUCGGAAUGCGCUAACUCCCUCAUCUCUCUCUCACCCAUAUCCAUGAUUCAGUCAAAGGAUUUUGUAGAGCACACUCUUAUACCUCUAUUUCAUGAAGACUUGGGGGAAGGAAUCAUAGAAGCAGAGCCCUUGCAGAUGAGGGCGGGAAGAUCAACAGAAGUUAUGGGGGAAGAUCGUCUGGCGAGGUUGAACAUCGAAGAUCAAAGAGCUCAGAUAGCCAACACCAUUCAGAAGAAAAGAUGGAUCAGGGAUGCCAUGGGCCAUGUUGGUAGAUCUAUAGGCCUUUCGUUUGGGGAUCAUCCCGAAGACUUUCUAGCCCUAUUCCACUGUAUUGAGUCCCGGGGUCGACCUCUGUCAGCGUCCAAAUCUCCCAGAACUGCUCAAUAUAGGUCGGGUAAAAAUAAGGAAUUGCAGAGCCUUCUAUCCACUCCCAAAGUGGAGGAUUUGGGAAGGGACAUUCGCCUAUAUGGAGAGCGAUAUCAUGGGUGCAUACUUUCUGUGACAACAAUCUUUGCUUCAGAGUUGGCAAUAGCUCCAGGGUGAGCUUCCGGGAAGAUAUCUGGUGUUUGAAGUCCCCUAGGCUGAGAAGGUUUAAAGUUAUAUGUUAGCAAUGUUGUUGUCAAAUAGCAUAAGCGAUCGUGUGUGACCUAAGGUGUUGUGUGCAUAUGCGAUUGUGUAAUCGUAUAUGCCAUCGCACAACCCCAAUAAAUUUACAUUUUUUAAUGGCAUAAGUGAUGGCAUAAUCGCAUAAGCCAUCGCAUAAUCACAUAUGCCAUGGCAUAAUGCCCAAUGGUCAUAAAACCACGUAUGCAUCUAUGGCACAUGCGGUAUAUGCUCCCAAAAUGGCAUAUGCCAUCGCAUAAGGGCUUAUGCAAUCACAUAUGACAACACUGGUUAGCAACCAAUAGAGGGGCAUUGUUGCAUUGAUCUUAUCGAAUAACUUGGUCCCAUCUUUCCACUGUGACAUCUGCGAAGACAAUUGUGCGUUUUGCUAGUUUGCUGGAGCUGCUGAGUGUGUCCCAAUUUUGGAGUUUGAUAGGGGAAUUCGGGAUUAAGAAUUGAAUGUGAAUUUUUCAAUGAAAUCCUU